GACAGAGUCAUAUAUUAUUAUACAGUUAUAUAUUAUUAGACAGAGUCAUAUAUCAUAUAAACACAUUCACAGUUCCAGCUGGAAAUCUCACUGCUUGGUAUUAUUCUGUUUCAUGUAGAUAUAACUAAAUAUUAGACAUUAUGGAACCAUUUUCUAAUAAGUAACCCUUUAUAGAGAGUUUGUAAACUGUGAUUAAUCUGUUAAUUGUGAACAGAUCGAUACUACUGUCCAGAUAAUGUUCAGACUGUGUCCACUGUGUUUAACAGUGAUGAUUGAACUUCUCCUGCAGGCUGCUGCACUGAAACAACACACCACCAUCAGCAGACAACAACAGUGAGGCGCUGCCUACCUGGUAAUGGGUUCACUACUGUGUAGUUAUGAACCUAUAUGAUAAUAUAUCACUGACAGAGGCAGUUAAAAUGACCGCUUCUCAUUCUGUCAGUGCACUCUGCUGAUGAAGUUAAAUCAUAUUGACCAGUGAUGGACAGUCUUAUAAACUACUGUACACAGACGGUUUGUAUAUGAUGCCUCACCAGUUUAUGACAUAUUGCAUCAUGUGUGCCUACUUAUUUACUGUCACCUAUUUAAACAUGUAGGGUGGUUUCGCUGCUGAUGUUCCCUUGAGCAGGGAGGUAAGGAUCUCAGCUCCAGCUGUAGCUCCAGUGGCAGGAGGUGGAGCAGCAGCAGCGGGUUUGAAUAUAUGAAUAUAUGAAUAAAGUCCAUGCUCCGUAUUUGAAAGUGAACAUGUGUCAACACAAACGACCGAACCAACGCGCCAGCUCAGCCGAACCUCUCCGGGAUCCGCAGCACGCUGCACAUUUCCCACAUUACAUCCAUCACUGCACCAGUCACACUGUAUAACAUUAAUUUAUUCAAGCAAGCCUAAAAUCUCGCGGUGCUACCAUUCAGACAUCUUGCAUUUUAUUAAGUCUGGUGUCGGGGAACAUUUUCUCCUGAAACUCGCCGCGCACAGCGCACAGCAGCAGGCUUUUGUCCCGCUCCUGAUCCGGUUCCGUCAGCUCCGUGUUAACGGAUGUGAGGCGGUGUUGGACCGAGCCUCGCGUGCCAAUCCCGCGGAGUGUGCGCCGUCUCUCACGGGGCUCUCGAGCCGUAUUGUGCGUCAUCUCCAUCGCUGCCGUUUUUUAUUUCUCUCCGCCGAGGAAACAUGGCAACUCCCGCCGCGGUCAACCCGUCCGAGAUGGCCAGUGAGUUGCCAGGGACAGUAGCCAUGCCAGGAGGAGUUGGGGCCGGCCAGGUGAGGAUGGGAGGAACCGUGCCAGGCCGUGGGGGCAAGAGAAGAUCAGGAGGAAUGGACUUUGAUGAUGAAGACGGAGAGGGACCCAGCAAAUUUUCAAGGUAUGAUGAUGAUCACAUUCCUGGUGGGGAUAAGGAGAGAUACGCCAGAGAGAACCACAGUGAGAUUGAGCGACGCCGACGUAACAAAAUGACCCAGUACAUCACCGAGCUGUCAGACAUGGUCCCAACCUGCAGCGCUCUUGCUCGCAAACCUGAUAAGCUGACCAUCCUGCGUAUGGCGGUCUCCCAUAUGAAGUCCAUGAGGGGCACUGGCAACACGUCCACUGAUGGGGCCUACAAGCCCUCCUUCCUCACUGAACAGGAACUGAAGCAUCUGAUCCUGGAGGCAGCGGACGGCUUCCUGUUUGUGGUCGCUGCAGAGACGGGCCGGGUGAUCUACGUGUCGGACUCUGUGACACCGGUGCUGAACCAUACCCAGUCUGAGUGGUUUGGCAGCACUCUGUAUGAGCAGGUCCACCCUGAUGAUGUGGACAAGCUGAGGGAACAGCUCAGUACUUCAGAAAACUCCAUGACAGGACGGAUUCUGGACCUGAAGACCGGCACAGUGAAGAAGGAAGGACAGCAGUCCUCCAUGAGGAUGUGCAUGGGCUCCCGACGCUCCUUCAUCUGCCGCAUGAGGUGCGGUAGUGCUCCUCUGGAUCACAUCUCUCUAAACCGUCUGUCCAACAUGAGGAAGAGAUACAGGAAUGGUCUUGGACCCUCUAAAGAAGGAGAGGCUCAGUAUUCGGUGGUGCAUUGCACCGGCUACAUCAAAGCUUGGCCACCUGCAGGUAUGACUAUACCAGAUGAAGACACAGAGGCAGGUCAGACUGGAAAAUACUGCCUAGUGGCCAUUGGAAGACUGCAGGUGACCAGCUCUCCGGUCUCCAUGGAUAUGAACGGCCUGUCGGUGCCCACAGAGUUCCUGUCACGUCACAACUCAGACGGCGUCAUCACUUUCGUCGACCCACGCUGCAUCAACGUCAUCGGUUAUCAGCCUCAGGACCUGCUGGGGAAAGAUAUUCUGGAGUUCUGUCAUCCUGAGGACCAGAGUCACUUGAGAGAAAGUUUUCAACAGGUCGUGAAGUUGAAGGGUCAGGUUUUGUCGGUCAUGUAUCGUUUCCGGAUGAAGAACAGGGAGUGGAUGUUGAUCCGAACCAGCAGCUUCACCUUCCAGAACCCUUACUCUGAUGAGAUCGAGUACAUCAUCUGCACCAACACCAAUGUCAAGCAGCUACAGCAGCAGCAGCAGGCAGAACUGGAGGUUCACCAGAGAGACGGACUGACUGCCUACGACCUUUCCCAGGUGCCUGUGGCCAGCGUCAGCAGUGGAGUCCAUGAGUCAGGGAAGAACAUCGACAAGACAGAAGCCCUGUUCUCCCAAGAAAGAGACCCCCGCUUUGCUGAGAUGUACACCAGCAUCUCUGGCUCGGGAGAUAAGAAGAUGAUGGUUCCCUCCUCUACAGCUGGAGGACAGCAGCUCUACUCACAGAGCUCUCCCUUCCAGCAGGGACACUCUGGCAAAAGCUUCAGUUCUUCUGUGAUCCACGUCCCUGGUGUCAACGACAUCCAGCCAUCAGGCUCGUCCAAUCAGAAUCUAGCUCAGAUCACCAGACAGCUCAACCCAGGCCAGGUGGCAUGGUCAGGCAACCGACCCCCCUUCUCUGGACAGUCCAGCAAAGCCCAGUCCAGUCCAUUCGGUAUUGGUUCUGGCCACAGCUACCAGACUGACCCGGCCUCCUACAGUCCCCUGUCGUCCCCAGCCACUUCCUCCCCCAGCGGCAACGCCUACUCAGGACUGACGAACCGCAGCACAGCGUUUGAUGUGUCGGGGGAGAGCAGCCAGAGCGGAGCCCAGUUCCAGGGUCGUCCCAGUGAGGUCUGGUCCCAGUGGCAGAACCAGCAUCACUCCCAGCAGGCCGGGGAGCAGCACACACACCCCAACCCCAGCCAGACAGAAGUCUUCCAGGACAUGCUACCCAUGGCUGGAGAUCCCACCCAGGGAACAGCCAACUACAACAUUGAGGACUUUGCUGACCUCGGCAUGUUCCCACCCUUCUCUGAGUAACCAUCUCUGUCCUCUCAGAACUGGACUGAACUGCAUUCAUCUCUCAUGUUGUCUCAUUUUUCUAUAUUGCUGAAUCACCAACACACAGCUCAUGUGAAGCACGGUGAAUGUCUGGGUGCACACACAACCACAAACACACAGUCCACUCAUGUUUCCACAGUAUGUACCUGUGAACAUACACAUACCUCAUCGCUGCAAAGAGCAAGUCUGCUGUCAGGUGGAAGGAACGUCCGUUGACCUGGACGAGCUGUUCGUCUGUCCUCACCAUCCUGGACUUUGUCUGGAGCUCUCUGGAGAAACGAUGCAGUGUUUGACUUCCAGCUCUCUGCAGUCAGCAUCAGUUGACCAGAGGAGGUCAGUCAGGUGACUAAAGCUGUAACUCUUACAGUCCAGUAUCAGUGUUUUUAACCUAGAUCUGACACUGAAAUCCACCAAGAAGCAACAUCCUGACAUGACAUCAUGUGACCAAAAGGUUUGACUGUGCCAACUGCACAUACACUGCACCCAGAGACACACACAACACGUACACAACAGUGUGUCAGAGGUUGUUCUCAGGAUGGAAUGAUAACAUCUGAAACAAAAGGUUCAGCCAACAGAGAAGGAAACAUGGUGGCUGAUUCUCACCUGCUGCGUUUAUCAACUACAAGUAAUUCCUUAGUGAUGUCAGCCACGACUCCUGUAGAACGAGUCCCUUCACAGGAUGGACAGAGUGUUGUCUGCAGUUAAACACCAGCCCAGAUUGUGUCUGCACUUUCAGGGCAGCUGACACUGAAAUGAAUUACUGCUGUAAAUCUGACCUGAAUAUUCAUUAUUGAGCUAACAGGAAAUAUGUUGUGUGUAGACGAUCUUAUUGUUGGAGCUCAAACACACCGAACAGACAUCAGACAUCAUUCAUGUCGCCUCAUGCUCCCUGCGUCCUGUUCAACAAGCUUCACCUGAACACACCGUGCAGACUGCAGCUGACAGCCAGCUAGUUUCUGCACCUGUGUGAGUGGAGAUAACUCUCCAGACCAGCAGGCAGCAGCUGCUCACCAUUCAGAAAGGGAAGACUCAGCACUGUGGAACAGGUACAGACCAUUACCUUGAUAAAGCAGCAGUUACACAUGAAGAACGGGUGCAUUACACAUUAUGUAACGAGUUACAAGCCGCUCUCACUAACACAGCUACUCACAUGGCCUCAGUGAAGAGGUGGAGGUGAACAAUAAGGAGAAACUGCACUGACAGAGUAAAGUCAUGGACACUACAGCAGCAGGAUGAAGGGCUUUCCUUCCUGUCUUACUUUCUCUGAGUCGCUGAGCGGAACACAGAACACACAGUGCAGCACACAGUCUUCACAUUCAGUUUUAGUGUAAAAAGAUGCAGGAACAUCGCAGUGAUUAAUCAUCACUCAUCUGCAGAGGAAUUUAGGCCUGCACUGCUUCACAAAAGUUGCCCCAUGCUGUCAGAGUUGUUGCUCAACUGUGACUGAGGAGAAUCUCAUUGCAGAAGACCGUCUGACUGCGUGCAUGAUGAGCAUGUUGUGUUUUUUGAGAGGAAGCAGCUCUGCACAGUUCACUCUGGGCCUGCAGGUCUGGACACUUACUGUGGACACGUCCUUUGAGCUCACACUGGUUCAUAUACAGGCAGUGUGUUCAGAACACAUGCAGGCUCAUCCACCUGAUCCGCCUGCUUCAUCAGUCGCUCACAGCUCACAUGUGUCAGUACAUGAUGUGACACAGACGCUGCUGUAGUGUCAUUAUGGGAUGUUACCAGUGCCAGACGAAGAACAGGUCUGCGUUGUGUUCAGGGAACGUUCCACAGUCGUGUUAUCUUCCCUUCCUGAAUAAUCGUGUGAGUGUGCUCUGUACUGAGUGUGAACAUGUGCAUGUGACUGAGCUGCUGUUAGAGUCUUCAUGUUUGCAUCUGGCUGCUGGUGUCGAGCCGACCAACCACCUCCUCUGGUAGUUCCUGCAGUGACUGUAGAGAGCCAUGACACUGUUGAUGUGCAGCCACACAGUCCCCACAGACACACGGUGCCAUGUACGUGACGGCUGCAGCCUCCUGCACACCUGCUGACUCUGCUAAACAUCAGCAGGUGGAGAAGCUGCUCCUCUCCACCUGCUGCUGUCCUCACUCUCCCCAUCAACCUUAUUGUGUAACCUAUGUGUAGUGACGACCUGAUGCGAGUAUUGAAGGAUUCUAUGUAUACAUGAAAAAAAAUAAAAAACUCAUUGCAGACAGUUGCUAAGCUAAGGCUUAAAGUGCACUUCAUGAAGCUAACUGCUAAUUUCACCAGCCUGCUUUAAAGGGAAAAACCGCCAUACCGUCCAAGCAAAGCGCAGUAUUUACUAGUGUAUUAGGUGUUCUUCAGCUCUGGCUACUUGACUUUUUUUCUUUGUAAUCUUUUCAACUCUUAAGAGACUGAAUAAUACUUUCUAGCAGGGGAGCUUUUACAUGAUAGAUUGUAUAAUGUCUCUGACAGACGGAUGGGAGAACAGACAUCAGAGUCCUUUUGCUAAAGAUCUCAAAUUGAUGUUUUUUUUGUAAAUAAUGUGAUUUUUAUGUCGACUCGUGUUACUUUCACACAGUACAUGUUUUUCGUGUAGGUUUUAAUGAUAUUGUGUGCAAUGUGAGUACAUAUUUAACUAUUGGUAUUUAGUUAGUCUGUUAAUUGUACAUUGAGUUCUAGACCUGUAUAAAUUGUGUAAAUGUGACCCAUUAUUUUUGUGUAACAAACUGUGCUUGUGACAAUAAAUUCUUAUUGGUUACGUGGCUUCCAG